AGGAACUCUUAGAUUUUCCUUUAUUUCUUUUUUAAAACAUAAAAUCCAAAAAUAUAAAUAAAAAGAAUUUAGACAGAGGAGCAGAACUGAGUCCACUAGUCAACCAAACAGAGAGAUCCGUUCGUUCUCUUUUGUCUUUCGGAUUCAUCCCUCAAUUCGGUUUCAUCAUACAAGAGAGAAGUGACUGUUUCUUCUUCCUUUCUCUUUCGAGUGGUUUCUCUUCGUCUUGCUUCUCAAUCUUUUUGUUACAGGAGAUAUCGAAAUCGGUUUUGUGUUGUUGGUCUAAAAGGUUAGACUUCUGAGUCCUGAUCCUAUUGUGCUUUUUUGAUUCAGUAGUAGUUAACCUAACUUGAUUUGGAAUCAACAAACUGGGUUUAAAAACUCAAAUGCUUUGAGGUAGUAGUUUGAAGUUUGUAGAUUUUAAGGAUGGAGAACAAACCAAGUGUAUUAACUGAAAGAUAUGAAGUUGGGAGGUUAUUGGGUCAAGGUACUUUUGCUAAAGUGUAUUUUGGAAGGAGUAAUCAUACCAACGAGAGUGUAGCUAUCAAGAUGAUUGACAAGGACAAAGUUAUGAGAGUCGGGCUUAGCCAGCAAAUCAAGCGAGAGAUCUCUGUAAUGAGGAUCGCUAAACACCCGAAUGUCGUUGAGUUAUACGAGGUUAUGGCUACAAAGUCAAGGAUUUACUUUGUUAUUGAGUAUUGUAAAGGUGGUGAGCUUUUCAACAAGGUUGCAAAAGGAAAACUUAAAGAAGAUGUUGCUUGGAAGUAUUUUUAUCAGCUUAUUAGUGCGGUUGAUUUUUGUCACAGCCGCGGAGUUUAUCACCGCGACAUUAAGCCGGAAAAUCUUUUGUUGGAUGACAAUGAUAAUCUUAAGGUAUCUGAUUUUGGUUUAAGUGCGCUUGCUGAUUGCAAGCGGCAAGAUGGUCUUCUACAUACAACUUGUGGUACACCUGCUUAUGUUGCGCCCGAGGUUAUUAACCGAAAAGGAUACGAGGGUACGAAAGCGGAUAUUUGGUCUUGUGGUGUUGUUUUGUUUGUUCUUUUGGCUGGUUAUCUUCCUUUCCAUGACACUAAUCUUAUGGAGAUGUAUAGGAAGAUAGGUAAAGCAGACUUCAAGUGUCCCAGCUGGUUUGCUCCUGAGGUAAAGAGACUAUUGUGUAAGAUGUUGGACCCUAACCAUGAGACUAGAAUCACUAUUGCAAAAAUCAAGGAGAGUUCUUGGUUCAGAAAGGGUUUGCAUUUGAAGCAAAAAAAGAUGGAAAAGAUGGAGAAACAACAAGUCAGAGAGGCUACUAAUCCCAUGGAAGCUGGAGGUUCAGGCCAAAAUGAAAACGGAGAAAACCACGAGCCGCCUCGACUUGCUACCUUGAAUGCUUUCGAUAUCAUCGCCUUGUCUACGGGGUUUGGUCUGGCAGGACUUUUUGGGGAUGUAUAUGACAAGCGAGAAUCUAGGUUCGCGUCGCAAAAACCUGCUUCAGAGAUCAUUUCUAAGCUAGUAGAGGUUGCCAAGUGCCUGAAGCUGAAGAUAAGAAAGCAAGGCGCAGGCUUGUUCAAACUGGAAAGAGUAAAGGAAGGAAAAAACGGAAUUUUGACGAUGGAUGCAGAGAUAUUCCAAGUGACGCCGACGUUUCACCUGGUGGAAGUGAAGAAAUGUAAUGGAGAUACAAUGGAGUAUCAGAAGUUAGUGGAGGAGGAUCUUAGGCCUGCUUUGGCAGAUAUUGUUUGGGUUUGGCAAGGCGAGAAGGAGAAAGAGGAGCAGUUACUGCAGGAUGAACAAGGAGAGCAAGAACCAUCAUAGCAAGUUCAGCUACAAGCCUACAACUGCAAGCACAUGAAUUGUUGCAGGAACAUGAAAAUGGUAACCCUCUUGCGACUUCAGCUGAAACAGAAGCAAGCAUCAAGAAACUCUAACGAAAACAGAGGAAGGAAAACAAUAACAAUUGCACAAAAUGGAUUCUUUUUGCAUAUAGACUACAAAAAUUGUAGAUAGUUGAUUGAUUUGUAACAACUACGAGCUUUUUUUUUACCUUGCCUCUUGUGAAGUUUUGAACGUAUAUUGUUUCAUGAGUACAGUAAUUGAAUUUCUUUAAGAGUUUGGUCGAUACAUAGCAGC